CAAAUUGGAGUCGAUAUUUUAUAUUUAUAUGUAUGCAUUAGCCUAGUAUAACGUAACGGUACCCACCUACGUACCUCACACCUCCUCCGCCGUACAUCCAGACGGUUAUUAUCCAACGGUCCAGAUCAUCCCGCCCUCUCUUUAAUUCAACAACUUCCCGCUGUGCUGCAAAUCGACGUCCCAUUCCUCAAGAUUGAUACCUGUUGAGCCUCCACGACGAUCUCCGCUGCUCUCUCAAUCGCAUUUCGAGUAACUCGCUCUUUGGUUUAUUAAGGUGAGGAAUCAGUAGUACAAGAUGGGAGAUGCGGAGGAUAUUCAGCCACUCGUAUGCGACAAUGGAACAGGAAUGGUGAAGGCUGGAUUUGCAGGAGAUGAUGCUCCGCGUGCUGUAUUUCCCAGCAUCGUUGGACGUCCUCGCCACACAGGUGUGAUGGUCGGCAUGGGCCAAAAAGAUGCAUACGUUGGAGAUGAAGCUCAAUCCAAGCGAGGUAUUCUAACACUGAAAUAUCCAAUCGAGCAUGGAAUCGUAAGCAAUUGGGACGACAUGGAGAAGAUAUGGCAUCAUACGUUCUACAAUGAGCUUCGUGUCGCUCCUGAAGAGCAUCCGAUCCUCCUGACCGAAGCUCCGCUCAAUCCUAAGGCUAACAGGGAGAAGAUGACUCAAAUCAUGUUCGAGACCUUCAAUGCUCCUGCCAUGUAUGUCGCCAUUCAAGCUGUCCUUUCUCUGUACGCCAGCGGUCGCACCACCGGUAUUGUGCUGGAUUCCGGCGAUGGCGUCAGCCACACGGUUCCGAUCUACGAAGGCUAUUCCCUACCGCACGCGAUCCUUCGUCUGGACUUAGCCGGCCGCGACCUCACUGAUUACCUGAUGAAGAUCCUGACAGAGCGUGGCUACUCUUUCACUACCUCUGCAGAGAGGGAAAUCGUGAGAGACAUGAAGGAGAAGCUCUCCUUCAUUGCGCUCGACUACGAGCAGGAGCUGGAGACCUCACGAACCAGUUCAUCUGUCGAGAAGAGCUACGAGCUGCCUGACGGACAAGUCAUCACCAUUGGCAAUGAGAGAUUCCGUUGCCCCGAGGUUCUCUUCCAGCCUUCAUUUAUAGGCAUGGAAGCUGCCGGCAUCCACGAGACGACGUACAACUCGAUUAUGAAAUGCGACGUGGAUAUCAGGAAAGAUCUGUAUGGAAACAUUGUUCUGAGCGGUGGAACCACCAUGUUUACCGGCAUUGCCGAUAGGAUGAGCAAGGAAAUCACAGCACUUGCUCCGAGCAGCAUGAAGAUCAAAGUGGUGGCUCCUCCUGAGCGGAAGUACAGCGUCUGGAUCGGUGGCUCCAUUUUAGCAUCUCUCAGCACUUUCCAGCAGAUGUGGAUUGCUAAGGCUGAGUAUGAUGAGUCUGGUCCAUCUAUCGUCCAUAGGAAGUGCUUCUAAUGGAGCAAGAGCAGUUCCUCAUCCGCCAUUGCAGCAGGAGCAAGAGCAGUUCCUCAUCCGCCAUUGCAGUAGCAAUAGCAAGGUACUGUUCAUACUACUUUUCAGCAAGUUUUUCGUGAAUUUUUAUUAGAGGAUAUACGCCAUGCCAGCUAGCUAUAUUCAUUUCUUGAAUUUUUGUUUUUCGAAUUUUGUGAUUUCUCAACUUAAUUACUUUUUUCUUAUUUGAAUUUUAAUGCAUAGUAAGUACACUAUGGUUGUUUCUUCAACAUCUCGUUUCGUA